CUCUUCCGUAAAGGGAUUGGUUGGAAGGCGAUUUCCGGUGACGCUCUUCCGGCUGCUUUCUGUCCCGAGCUGUACGCCGCCGGGGUCGCUGAAGUUCCAAGAUGGCUGGACGAAAACUUGCUUUGAAAGCUAUUGAUUGGGCAGCAUUUGGGGAAAUCAUACCUAAAAACCAGAAAGCCAUUGCUAAUGCCUUGAAAUCCCAUAAUGAAUAUCUUACUUCUAGAUUGACUGCCCUGCCUGAGAAGCCACAAGUAAUCAACUGGGCUUAUUACAAGGAGAAUAUAGCCAAGCCUGGCCUCGUGGAUGAGUUUGAGAAGAAGUACAAUGAGCUGAAGAUUCCUGUUCCAGAAGAUAAAUAUACUGCCCUAGUGGAUGCUGAAGAACAGGAAGAUAUAAAAUUUGGUGCUGAACUUGUGAAAGCUUCGAAUGCUAGGAUUGCAGAACUUCAGAAAGACAUGGACAAGAUCAAGAAUAUAAUUCCUUUUGAACAGAUGACUGUUGAGGAUUUGAACCAAGCCUUCCCUCACACCAGACUGGACAAAAAGAAUUAUCCUUAUUGGCCCCAUCAGCCAAUAGAGAACCUCUAGAAUUGAGCCUCCAAGGAAGCUGUAGGCCUUCUCUUGCAUGCUCCUGAAUCCAGAAUAAAGCAGUUGUACAGUC